ACAGGCCACAUGUCAAUAUUAAGCCCAAUUAAAUAAUUUCGGCCCACAAUCAUAGCCCACCCGCCAGGUCGUUCAUCAUAACCCUAAGAUGGGAGUAUAAAAUUUAUCAUCUUCCCGCAACUUAAGGAUUUGGAUCGGCACCAGCUGAACGGCGAUUGUGCUCUCUGCUAUUUCUGUCUGCGAAAAUGGUGAACGUUCCUAAGACGAAGAAGACCUACUGCAAGUCCAAGGAGUGCAAAAAGCACACCUUGCAUAAGGUCACACAAUACAAGAAAGGGAAAGAUAGCUUGGCUGCUCAGGGAAAGCGUCGUUAUGACAGGAAGCAGUCUGGUUAUGGUGGUCAGACAAAGCCUGUCUUCCACAAAAAGGCAAAGACCACAAAGAAGAUUGUGUUGAGGUUGCAAUGCCAAGGCUGCAAACAUGUUUCACAGCACCCAAUCAAGAGGUGCAAGCAUUUUGAAAUUGGUGGGGACAAGAAAGGAAAGGGAACCUCUCUUUUCUAGAUUGCCUAUGAAGUCACCAAGAACUUCCUUUUUUGUCUUCUCUUAUGCUGCAAUGUUGAACUUUGAUUAUUUUGGAUGUUGGCUCUAUUGUGUUACAUUUUCUUCCAAUAGAUUUUGCGUUGUGAUAGCUGUAUGAAGAUCCUAACUAUAUUCUAGUUUUUGAUAGUGUGUUUACUGUUUUUGUAAUUUAUUUUCAGGCCAAUGGGAUGAAGUUCUGAUGUUAUAUUUAUUAUAUUAGUAAUGCCUCUACUAGAUUUUCUCA